CACUUCACAACCACACCCAGACUCGGACUCAGAAGUCAGAGUCUUCCAACUAUAACCUUCACAAUUUCCUCGAAACUCUGCUCACCCACCACCAUAAAUGAUUACCCUUUUCAUUUUUCCUUCAAUUUCAAUUCUUUCGUACACUAUUUGACCCCAAAUCUACCUCCUUUAGUUGAAAAUUUCAAUGUGAACUCAUAGGCUUCAAAUUCAAAGCUCAAAGCCUACAAUAAUGUCUGUUCCGGAGCUCAAGGAACGCCAUGACGCGGCGACUGAGAAGGUCAACCGUCUCAGAGAGCGCUUGAGGCAGAAAAGGCUUCAACUUCUUGACACUGAUGUUGCUGGUUAUGCAAGGGCACAGGGGAGAUCUCCUGUUACUUUUGGCCCUACAGAUCUGGUCUGUUGCAGGACCUUGCAGGGACACACUGGGAAGGUAUAUUCAUUGGAUUGGACUCCAGAAAGGAAUCGGAUUGUUAGUGCAUCUCAAGAUGGACGUUUAAUUGUAUGGAAUGCACUAACAAGGCAAAAAGUUCAUGCAAUAAAGCUGCCUUGUGCAUGGGUUAUGACAUGUGCUUUCUCCCCAACUGGUCAAUCAGUUGCUUGUGGUGGCCUUGAUAGCAUUUGCUCUAUAUUCAACUUGAACUCACCAACUGACAACGAUGGACAUUUACCAGUAUCAAGAAUGCUUAUUGGUCAUAAGGGCUACGUUUCCUGCUGUCAGUAUGUUCCUAAUGAGGACUCUCAUCUGAUUACUAGUUCAGGUGAUCAUACAUGUAUUUUGUGGGAUGUUACAACUGGUCUCAGAACUUCUGUUUUUGGAGGCGAAUUUCAGUCUGGACAUACUGCUGAUGUGCUAAGUGUUUCCAUUAAUGGAUCAAACUCAAGAAUGUUUGUAUCUGGUUCAUGUGAUGCAACUGUCCAAUUGUGGGAUACUCGUGUUGCAAGUCGAGCAGUUCGUACAUUUUAUGGCCACAAGGGAGAUGUUAACACUGUGAAGUUCUUUCCAGAUGGCAAUAGGUUUGGAACUGGUUCAGAUGAUGGAACUUGCAGGUUAUUUGAUAUCAGAACUGGGCACCAAUUGCAAGUAUAUUAUGACCAGCAUGGUGAUAUUGAGGUUCCACGUGCGACCUCAAUUGCGUUCUCCAUAUCAGGAAGACUUCUCUUUGCUGGAUACUCAAAUGGAGAUUGCUAUGUAUGGGAUACUUUAUUGGCAAAGGUUGUUUUGGACUUGGGAACUCUUCAGAACUCACACGAAGCAAAGAUCAGUUGUUUGGGUUUGUCGGCUGAUGGAAGUGCCUUGUGUACAGGGAGCUGGGAUACAAAUCUGAAGAUUUGGGCUUUUGGAGGGCACAGAAGAGCAAUUUGAGUCUCCAAGGAGUUAAAUGCUUCUAUAUUUGCAACUACUCUACUUUCUGGGGGCAUGACUCCCGGUGAGUGGUAGCUCUCAUCAUGUUUUUCUGCAAGAUUCCUCGACAUUUCAAAAGAAACUGCAACCCUUUCCUGUAAUUGCUAAUGAGGUUGGGAUGCAGAGGAAGAUGAAUGAAGAAUUGCGGAAAAUGCCAUUUCUUUGUUUACUCUUCAUUCUAUACAAGGGGGAGGCACUUUGUUAUUUUUCCUCUGUACUGACCAGCUGUAAUUGCUUAUGAUUUUUUUUUUUCGACACAUUUACUUUUUUACUUACCAAUAACUUGUUGAUUUAAAUAGAAAGAGUUUAGUUUU